AAAAACUUUUCACACUCACCUCAUCUCAGCAGAACAGUGACUACAGAGCCAAAACUGAGAGCGCCAUGCGGAGACGUCAUCUCAUAAUAGGAUUUCUGCUCAUUGUACUGGUUGCACUUGCUUUGUUCUUGGGACUUUUUUUUGGAUUGCGUUCGAAACCUGGGGAGACUACCCUGAGUGCACAGAUCUAUGGGACAGCAGCUGUAGCUACAGAUGCUGGAAAAUGUUCUGAGAUUGGAAGGGAUGUUCUUAAAGAUGGUGGAACAGCAGUCGAUGCAGCUAUUGCUUCUUUGGUGUGCGUUGGACUCGUAAAUGCUCACAGCAUGGGAAUUGGAGGAGGGGCAAUUCUUACUAUAUAUAAUUCUGCAACAGGAAAAGCUGAAAUAAUAAAUGCUCGAGAGACAGCACCAUCGAAUGCCAGUGAGGGGAUGUUUGGGAAUAGCACUGUGCUGUCACAAAAAGGUGGAUUGUCCAUAGCAGUACCAGGAGAGAUCCGAGGAUACAAGGUAGCACAUGAGCGACAUGGCAAGUUGCCAUGGAAACGCUUGUUUGAGCCAAGCAUUAAAUUGGCAAAAGAAGGAUUUCCAGUUGGCCUAGGCUUGUCUCAGGGCCUAUCUUCUGCCAAAGAUGAUAUUGAGUCGGACAAGUCACUAUGUGAAAUAUUCUGUAACGCACAGGGGAAGGUAUUGGAGAAAGGAGAUAUUGUGAAGAUGCCUAAACUGGCAGGAACACUACAAGUCCUGGCGGAUAAUCCCGAGGCUUUUUACAGCGGUCAAUUAGCCACACAAAUUGUCAAAGACGUUCAACAAGCAGGUGGAAUCAUUACAGAAGACGAUCUGAAGAAUUAUAAAGUUGAAAUUAGCGAGAAUCCACUUCGGUAUCAACUCGGUGACUUUACCCUAAUCAGUCCUAGGGCUCCCCUGAGUGGUCCUGUCCUUGGCCUUAUUCUUAACAUACUGAAGGGUUUUAGUUUUACAAGUGCAAGUGUAAAACCAGAAUCUCUGGGACUGACCUACCACCGCAUUGUAGAAGCUUUCCGCUUUGCUUAUGCUAAGAGAACUUUACUAGGAGAUCCGAACUUUGUCAAUCUAACAGAG